AUGCCUUCCAGAACGGAAUUGUAUGACAUUCUUGGAGUAUCUAAAGAUGCAACUGAUGCGGAAAUCAAGAAAGCAUACCGAUCCAAAGCUUUAAAAUACCAUCCAGAUAAAAAUCCAGGCGAUAAAGAGGCCGAGAAGAAGUUUGUGGCGAUCAAAGAGGCGUAUGAUAUAUUAUCCGACCCACGCAAAAGGGCACUUUAUGACAAGAUGGGAAAAGAGGCAGUCGAUAUGAUGGACAAUCCGUCUAACAUUUCUCAGGAGACAUUCAUGGCGAUGUUGCGAACCUCCUCAGUUUCCAUACGUUGUUCUAUUUUUUCGCUCCUUUUGUUUUUGCUUCUCGGGUCGAUAUGGUUCGUUUUAACAUUGUGCAUGCGGAUCGAUGAAUGGAUAACUUGGCCAUGGUGGGUCGUUAUGCUGCCAGCCUUUGUCGUGGAUGCAUUUUUACUCUACAUGUGCAUCGGCACUUUCCCCAUUCUUUUUGCAAAAAUGAAGGAAAACAGAACACUGGAUGAGUCGGAGCGUCUCCCGAUUUCCUACCCGCUCCUCAUGAACAUCAAUGUCAUCAUCUUUGUGGUGGCCCAGAUCUGCUUCGUGCUGUGUCUCGACAAGGUUUGGAAGGUGAACUUCACGACCGCCCUCAUUCCCUACUUCAUCUACGCUCUCAAAUAUAUCUACAUGCCGUUUUUGAAUUCCUACGAGGGGCAGAACAAACUCCGAGACUUCUUCGACGAGUUCUCGAACGUGAUUAUCGCGCUCACCGUCUAUCUGGUGGCCGCGAAGCACGAUGGGAUCAUCAGCUGGGACUGGGAGCUCACCUUCCUGUUCGUGUGGAUCUACUACGGACUGCAGAUUUUGGUGGCGCAGUGCAUGCGAUGCGGCCUGCAGGCGACGGGAACGGAGGGAGGGCUGCUCUCGAUGGCUCUGGGCUGUCACACGUGUGUGACCAUCGUGAAGAUCCUCGUGGCGGUGUGUUUGUUGAUGAAGAUCUCGGGGAAAUGGAACUGGAAGUUCACUUGGUUCGCCAUCCCCGUAGCGAUCAUUGCGUUGUGCUUCGCCUCGAUGUUCCUCUGUUCGGUGAGCGCUGUGCUGUUUGGAAAUGGCGGAGUCGUGAUGGAAGAUCCUUCCGAUUUUAAGGAGCCAUUUGAACCCACGCAAGCGACGACUGUUUCAAUGGAGACCUCUGUGGAUAUCGACUAA